AUGACGUCCGCCAUGACCCCUUCGAAACCACCACAACAAACCCAACAAAUGAGUCCACCGCAACAGCAUCUGACUCCUGCUGCUAAUCCUACAUCGCCUCCCAGCAAGCGAGAUUUGAAGUCAUGGUGGAGGAGUUUCCAAACUCGUUCGAGGCAUCACGAGUCCCAAGGUAAGGGCGAAACCACAUCUAGCCCAUCGACGUGCCAAUCAAGUCCUAUUCCACCUUCUCCCUCCAAGCCAUCUGUCUCUCAUCCCUAUUCCUUCUGCCCACGCGAUUGGCGUAAUAAAUAUUUCGCCGCCCUACGUCUACACCGAGAAUCACACAAUAAUUAUCCACGAUCCCCCGAUACUUUGUUUGAAGCCCCCGGUUUUGUGCCUAAUAACAAGUCGUUCUAUUGCGAUGAUUUGGGAGAACGUAGACAUACGGAGGACGGCCAAGAAAUAAAAGCGACAACUAACAGGUGCCGCGAAACAGAUACGCAACCUAAGGGUAUAUUUGGAGUCCCUCUACGACAGAGCAUUACCUACGCAAACGUCGCUAUUUCACUCGUCGACGAGAAGGGCAAAAGCUACAUCUAUGGAUACGUACCAAUCGUGGUGGCCAAAUGUGGUGUUUUUCUGAAAGAGAAAGCCACCAGCGUCGAGGGAAUAUUCCGCUUGAGCGGUUCCGAAAAGCGCAUCAAGGAACUGAAGAUACAAUUCGACUCUCCUGAUCGAUAUGGCAAAGGUCUUGUGUGGGAUGGAUACACUGUUCACGAUGCUGCUAAUGUACUCCGACGAUAUUUGAAUGAUUUACCCGAGCCUGUCGUCCCGCUAGACCUUUACGAGCGAUUCCGAGAUCCUUUGCGCGGGCACACGAAACAAGCCGUUGGCGAUACCGAGGGUACUCAACUUGUCGACAAUUUCAAUGAGGCGGAGGCUAUAGAGAAAUAUCAGCAGCUCAUCAAGAAUCUACCGCCACUUAAUCGACAGCUGCUUCUGUAUAUCCUAGACCUACUUGCAGUAUUUGCUGCUAAGUCGGACGAGAAUCGCAUGACAGCACAGAAUUUGGCUGCUAUCUUUCAACCCGGAAUGCUUUCGCACCCCCAACAUGCCAUGGCGCCAGAGGAGUACCGAUUAAACCAGUGCGUGAUCAUAUUUCUGAUUGAGAAUCAGGACCACUUCUUGAUCGGUAUGCAAGGUACAGGUACAGAUGAGAAAACCAAACAAGAGAUUGAAAAGGGGCCACCGACUCUCAUAACGCCCGCAACUCCGAACCGUAACAGCGGGAUAGUAAGAUCCGCUUCGAAUGCCAGUGCUGGUGCUGAGAGCGUUAGUAGGGAUGGCAAAAUUCGGAGAAAUCGGUCUACGUCUUCGCGGCAUUCAGUUCAAUCCAAUGGGGCGUCCACACCCGGUAGUCCUGCUUUGACGCCAAGCGGUGGACUUGCUAGAAGCAAUACGGUCCCGUCUAAGAAAUCUCCCCAUAUCCCAUCAGGAAGGUUCCCUUCUCGACAAAGCUCCCCAACUGUUGCUGUGGCUCCGGCUUCGCCUUCACCGGGCGGGUCAGGCGUGAUCGCUCCUCCGACUGUAGCUGAAGAAGCACCUAUCGCGCCUGAAAAAUCUCCGGCAACAUCACAGCAUCUGACUCCAAUGACAGCGGGGUCUCCUUCGGCGGGUAGAAGCCAGGAGAGAUUGCUAGGUCCUCCCAGCGAAUUUAUGACGCCUUUAAAGGAAAGAAACCUUCCGAGUCUGUUCCAACGAUCGCCAGGUUCCGAGGGUGAAAAACGGCAGCCUAAUAAGCUACGCAAAAAGCGAUUGCCGAGUAGUACUAACCCGAGCGCACAAAGUUCUACAGCUUCACUUCCUCACUCCGAGGCUGUUUCCCCAGUGCUUGAGGCGCCGAAUCCUGCAGAACACAAAGCAACCUACUUAGAACCUAACGGUUCGGAGAAUGCCGCCUCUGUGGAAACGCCUUCAGAGCCAACUCCUCGAGCCUCCCAGGUCCCAUCUGCAAGUACUACUCAAGUCGAACCAGAGAAUCAAAAUACGCUUAAGCCGAAGACUUCGCCGUCAACAUCAUUACACUCAUCAUUCAACGAGGGUUCCGAUGUAGAUCAACCCGAAGAGACGGCGCCUAUCCCUGCCGCAGACGCUGCCGAAAAGGAGAGAAAGCACCGCUGGCGCAUAUCUCGACGAAGAGAAGACUAUCCUAAUGCACCUGGGCAGGUUCUUGGCACCAACAGUCAUGCAGAAACAAGUACAUCCUCUGUUGGAAGUGGGCAAAAGGCACGGAAGAGCUGGACCGGCGAAUCUUCAGAUGUAGCAGCAACACUAGCAGAAAGCGAAGCCGCGAAUAGAGAGAAGGAAGAUGUGAAGGGACCCAUCGGGUGGAUUAAGAAUAAAUAUCGGGAAGCCAAGGAAAACGCAGAGAUUAAGCGUACGAAAUCCCCACCGAGAGAUCAAGGACAAUGUCCCUUUGCACCAGCAGGGAAGAGCGUCGAAACCAUGGGGAGUAUAGAUGAGAAAGGUGUAUCUACAGUCAAUGGUCCUCCCCUCAGCACAGCUCCAGCUCUUGCCUCUGCUCCUGCUCCUGCUCCUGCUCCCGCACCAGCACCCGAGGCAAAGUCUGCGCCCGUUCCACACGACGCUCCAAUACCGAAUCCAGCACCAACUCAGACGAUAAAUAGUGAGAAGCCCUCGAACACCUAG